AGCAUGGAUACAACCAGCAGGAACAGGCGCUCAGGAGACGCGCUCACUAUGCUGGAGAGUGCUAAAAUCCGCGAUGGGAGUUAACAUAGCCAAGUUUGCAGAGUUCUUUUUACCAGCUUUGUUGCACUAAACAAAGACCUUGGGCUUCUUUUUCCCCUCUGAGCGGGCCUGUCUGCGUUUUUGUCCGAGGCGUUUCUCUCACAGGAUGUAAAUGAUAUUGGAAAGCCGGGUAACAUCAUAAAGUCAGUUCUCUGAUGAGAACGACCUCCUCCUCCUCACCACCACCACUACACAAAGGGAACCACGGAACAAGUACUUUUUCACACGCCAUCCUUUUAUUUUUGAAUGUCAUUAAGAAGCAGAGGGGGCCGUUUCAAAGACAAAAUGGAUCAUUUUGCAGCAGAGUGCCUUGUUUCAAUGUCCAGUCGUGCAAUUGUUCACGCUCCAAAGGGGAAUAGGGAGAUUAAACCAGAAAUCCCGUCCUCCUCCAAGAACGGAGAGGAAAUUAAAGAGCCAUUGGUGAAAGAGAACUCUUCUCUUUUUGUGGUGGCACGGAUUCUGGCGGAUUUUAACCAGCAGACUCCCAACAAUGUUGCCGAGCAGGCAAAAAUAAAGGAUGAGAGCAUGCCGAACCUCAUAGAUGAUGGAAACUCUGCCACACCUACCACCAUCUCCGAUCCUUCGCUCAAACAAAGAGCCAAAAGAUCGAGAGGUCGAACUGAGCAGGAAUCACCUCAGAAAAAGCACAAAUGCCACUAUUCAGGUUGUGAAAAAGUUUAUGGCAAAUCAUCCCACCUCAAAGCUCAUCUAAGGACACAUACAGGAGAGCGGCCUUUCCCAUGUACCUGGCCUGACUGCAGUAAGAAGUUUGCUCGCUCUGAUGAGCUGGCUCGUCACUACCGCACCCACACAGGGGAGAAGAAGUUUGGCUGCCCGCGGCGCCAGCACCAGCAGCAGCACCACACGUCCCAGCUCCCUUAGCGACUACAGUCGCUCAGACGCCUCCAGCCCCACCCUCAGCCCCACCCUCAGCCCAGCCAACUCGCCUUAAACCAAAACCCAGUUGCACUUUCCGCCUCUGAACUGCAAGGCCUGUGUUUUCCACAUAACACUUGCGUUGCCAGUCUUCAGCAACCCCCCCUUUGCUAUUCCUGUGCUUGCUGUGGUGUACCAUACUGUACAUAACUGCUUAUUGUAGUGCAAUUACUCUUAUGUGAUCCUAAAAGAAGGUAAUGCCUUUCCCAGAUGGCAAUAUUUACAUUCUGCACCAUGUGUUUUUGUUUUAGCUUCUGAACAUGGCUAGAUGUCCAGUGUGUGUUCGCACUCAGCUAAACAAGGUUUAGAAGAAAAAAAUGGACACCCUGACAAUUUUUAAAUUUUUUUUCUUUGUUUUUCUUUGUUUUUGAACGGAUGAGAAUAAAGGGUACACACACACACACACACACACACCUCAGGAUUGAAGACAGUUACUAUUUCUGUAAUACCACAGUACUUAACAGUACUCACAUUGACUGCACAAUAUACUCAUCACUUUACUCUGAAAUUCAACAGGUGUUGAAUUUUAUGCCCUGCUCAGGGAUGGCCUUGUUAGCUUGAAAGAAAGAACACAGUGAAACAAAACAUACAGUGUACACAGACAGCAGCCUUACACUCAAAACAAUUUGCACUCUUUGUUUUCUUGUUAGUUUUCAGGUUCGUGGAAACUAACUCUACGGUCAGUCAUACACAAAACUCAUGUUCUCCCUUGUGUUCUGGGGGUUUAUCGGUAGUAUAUUUGCUGUGUGUUAAGAAAAUAUUCCCCAUCAUAGUAAAAAACAAUGCAUCUGUUCCUCCACUUCAGCAUUAAUAUACAGUUGCCAUUAUACUGGGAUAAAUAUGUAUUUCAUUCAGUAGCAGUGUAGCGGUAUACUGUACUAUGUAAAUGUGCACUGGGGGAGGAUCAAGAUUAUACUGGAUUAUACUGCAGUUCUUAUAAAUAUACACAGUUAAAAAAACUUUAGAACCUUUAAAUGGAGGCAGUUAAGUUUCAAAGCAGCUGUUCGUGCUUUUUUUUAGAGCACAGCCAGUAUCUUACACGUUAAAUGGACACAAAGGGCCAUCAGUUGAAACAAUGUUUAUCCCUCUCUCAAGCACAUAGGAAAAAGUACCAAAGGCAAGAGAGAAUGAAAGCUUUCUAUUCAGUCUUGCAGGCCGCCCUUCAUUGAGGCCUCGGUCUAGUGGUUGGCAGUAUCGCAGGUAGAGCCAGGCAGCCUGCUCACUUCCCUUCUCCUGGCUCUGCCUUUUGUAGCCUCUCUGGAGGAAACAGCUGCAUCCUACAAGAAGCUAUUCACAGCCUGCAGGAGGAGUGGUAACAUGCUAUUCCUGAGGAUCCCUCCUUCACCCGUCUCGCUCUACCUGUCCUGUGUGAGUGGCGAAACUCUAAGCAUGCCAAAAUGCACAAGGGGUCAAAUGUAGGCCAGGGUGUUGGACAGAGCCAAGCUGGUCUGUGUCACGGUGAAGCACAGCACAAAUAAAACAGCUAUCUGCAACAAAGAGGCAAGAGAGGACAGGUCCUGAUAAAAAAAAAGGAGAGGUUUAUCAUGAGCUGAGCAGAACAGAACAGGAGACACCCAUUUGCAGAGACCCCCGUCUCCUCCUCCUUCCUUGUGUCCUUCCCUCCCUCUAACUGUGAACAGAAAAAUAGCUGUAAUUAGUGAGUUGAUCCAACCUGUAGGAUAAGAGACGUUUAUGAACAACAGUACUACCUAGGCAAUGCUGACAGUGUGGGUGGGAUGUACCCAUCUCCAUCCUAAGCACAGGGAGAAAUCCUCCACCUACAGCCGGAGAGUCACAUUUCACAAUGUCGAGUACACCUCCAAAUUCACACCGACAAACAGGAGCUCUCAAACAGCUGCUUUCAGACUUCUCUCUCGCAACAAGGGGGCUUUCAAACUAUUGUAAAGACAUUUGAACCAAAAUGAACAUAUCAGCAAAUCACAGUGCUCACCAGCCUCAUGUCGUCCUGCCUGUGAAGUGUAGAUGGCCCAUGAGAAAGCUGUGUUGUGUUUCUAGACAGACAUGCCUCAGUAAGUCAGGCAAAAGGCACAGUAAACCUUCCAUGGAAAUGGGCACCACUAUAAAAACUGCUGCAGCCCCCACCAGUCUGUGUUAUGCCUGCAUUUUCUUUUAUCGUUUCAUCCAUGUAGUGGAUCCUGUCAGAUCCCCUCCAGGCUGUUGUCAUCAUGAAUCGCAUGUACUCGCUUCAUCCUACCAGCUCUCGCUCUGCAGUCCCGUUCUUCACACUAUAUGCAUGUUAACAACUUGGUCCUGAAAGCGUAGAGGGUUUUUUUUGAGGCGGCCUGGCAGGUGUACGUUCAUGAAUGGCAGACAUUGUGCUCCCGGUUCUCCACAGCAGCCGUCUUUCUAAAGUUGUGAAGAAUCUCCUGUGUCACGUCCUCCAGAAAGAAAACAUUCUUUAUUUGGUUAGAAUGCGGUAGUUUUCCCACACCACAAAAAACAACCCCCUGUAAAAUAUUAGAAUUGUUUCCAUGCUGCAAGAAGACAUUGUGAAUGCCACUGAUCAGCAACUCUCAGUGAAAGAUGCCCCGAGGGGCUUCUACAUUUACCAUUCCUGGAAAAAACACCUAGAUUUUCACAAGCAAUCUUUUCAAAUUGCUGUUGAUCAGAUUUUUGUGGUGUUUAU